CAGGCACAUCGCCUCAGCCAAUCAACUCGGGCCGCAGAGCGACAGAAAGCCCGCCAACGCCCUGUCGUCCGAAGCCGGGUGGAAUCUAAUUAAAAAUUUGGCGGGGAAUGCCGGCUGCUCCCAGAUUAGGAAUUUAGCUGCGCGGAGCUUCCGUAGCAUUUUCUCUCAGGAUCAUAUUUGGUUUCUCCUUUGAAGUUCCCAUAUCAGCUGUGCUCUUGACAUGGAUGAGGAAGAAUAUGACCUGACUCUACUUACUGAACUGCUUGAAGAAAAUGAAUCAGCUUUAGAAUGUGAUUCAGGACAGAGUGGCUUCUUGACAGAAGAAGCCAGAGAGCCUGAUGAAUUCGAUGAUCUCUUUGAUGCCGAUAGUGACGGUUCAUCUUACAAAGAGGAGACUGAUGAGCUUUUGGAGGAGGAAUCUAGAGACCAAAAAGAAAAUGUGGCUACUCUCUUUGGAGAUGUCAAUGACUUGACAGAUGAGGAGAACGAAGAAGCCCAGGACACAGUGCAGUCAUUAAGAUUGAGUCCUGUACCUCCCCUGGCUUCCAGUCAAGAGAAGAUUAACCAAGACUUGCAAGAUGAAUUAAAGAGAUUGCAAGAGCAGAUGAAGACUUUACAAGAACGGCUUAAAAAGACUGCAAUUGGGAAAUCUGUAAACCCAGAGCCUUCACAGAAAUUAUCUGGUAGGCUUUCACGUCUCCCUCUUAAGGAGAGGAAAAUUCAGAAGAUUCAGGAGUCAUCUUUUUUUUCUGCCCAACUGGAUAUCCCUGCUUUGCCAAAACCCAAGCAAGUAGCCCAGAAGCCAAAAGUUUUACUGCCAGAGCACAAGAGCCCUCCUCCAACUUCAAGAUCAUUACCAAAUUCAUAUUCCCAGCCACUCAGAUCUACUGGAAACAAGCCCAGUGAAGGGACUGGAACCCCUAACGUAAGGACAUCUGGAACUUUUUGUGGAACUGUUCAGACUGUUUCAGUGGAAAAAUUCACUGGACUCAGGUUACGGCGGCCCCGAGUGUCCUCUACGGAAAUGGACAGAAAAAUGGCUGGCCGGAAACUCAUCAGACUGUCUCAGCUCAAGAGCAAGUUGGCAAGUGAGAAACUGGAAGAAAUAGAUUGGGUAACAUUUGGAGUCAUAAUGAAGAAAGUCACACCUCAGAGUUCAAACAGUGGAAAAACCUUUAGCAUCUGGAAACUGAAUGAUCUACGUGACCUAAACCAAAAUGUCUCAUUGUUCUUAUUUGGAGAAGUCCACAAAGAACACUGGAAGACUGAGCAAGGCACUGUCAUAGGACUGCUUAAUGCCAAUCCCAUGAAGCCAAAGGAAGGUUCAGAUGAAGUAUGUUUAUCUAUUGAUCAUGCCCAGAAGAUUUUAAUUAUGGGUGAGGCUCUCGACUUGGGAACCUGCAAAGCAAAGAAAAAGAAUGGAGAGUCUUGUACACAAACUGUCAAUCUGAAUGACUGUGAGUACUGUCAGUAUCACGUACAAGCUCAGUAUAAAAGACUCAGUGCCAAGCGAGCAGAUUUGCAGUCUUCCUUCUCUGGAGGUCAAGUGCCAAAGAAAUAUGCCCGCAAAAGCUCCAGCUUGAAAGAAAGACUAUGUCGGGAUGGCUUUUAUUAUGGAGGCGUCUCUUCUGAGUCCUACGCAGCCUCAGUCGCAGCCUCUGCUGCUCCUAAGAAGGCGAUUCAGACCACUCUCACCAACUUGGUUUUAAGAGGCACAGAUGCUAUUGUUCAAGAAACACGAAAGAAACUGGGACUCCCACAGAAGAAUCUGUCAUGUUCUGAGGAAUUUAAACAGUUAAUGGAUUUGCCUACAGUUGGAGCAAGAAACCUAAAAAAACAUUUGACCAAAUCCAAAUCAACAGGGACUCUGGGAAACCCUUGUCCUCCCAUCCAGUCUAUCCCUGCAUCAGCUUUGCUGAAACAACAGAAGCUACAUAUGUUGGAAAUGAGGAAGAAAAGAACAGAAGAAAUCCAGAAGCGAUUUCUUGAAAGUACAGCUGGAGUCAAAAGUCCUGCUUCACCUUCUUCUUCAGGGAAGCCCCCUUUUCAGUCUCCAAGGCCAGGGGCAGAAUUUGUCAAGAUGGAAAGAACUCUCAGUCCACAGACCCCCAGGCUUGGAAGAGGAUUCUCAGAAGGAGAUGAUAUUCUCUUCUUUGAUGAAUCCCCCCCACCAGGACCAAAGCUGAGUGCUUUAGCAGAAACUAAGAAGUUAACAGCUAUUGCCAAGUUGCGAGCCAAAGGCCAGGUCCUCAUAAAAACAGAUCCAAACUGUAUUAAAAGGAAGCAAAAUGACCUUCAAAGUGUCUUGGAGAUAGCAGAGCGUGUGGAGAAAAGCACCUCAUCAUCACAAGCUGAAGAUGAACUAGAACCCGCCCAAAAGAAGCGCCGGGAGCAGCUGGCCUACCUGGAGUCGGAGGAGUUCCAGAAAGUCCUCAGAGCGAGAUCCAAGCACACAGGGGUGCUAAAGCAGGCCGAGGCAGACCUACAAGAACGUUAUUUUGAACCACUGGUAAAAAAAGAACAAAUGGAAGAAAAAAUGAAAUCUAUUAGAGAAGUGAAAUGCCGAGUGGUAACAUGCAAAACGUGCAACUAUACCCAUUUCAAGUUGUUGGAGACGUGUGUCAGUGAGAGCCACGAUUACCACUGGCAUGAUGGCAUAAAGCGGUUUUUCAAGUGUCCCUGUGGAAACAGAACCAUAUCUCUUGACAGGCUACCUCAGAAGCACUGCAGUAAUUGUGGCCUCUUCAAAUGGGAAAGGGAUGGAAUGUUAAAAGAGAAGACUGGGCCAAAAAUUGGUGGAGAGACCCUGUUGCCAAGAGGAGAAGAACAUCCUAGAUUUCUGAAUAGCCUAAAAUAGCCCUGCCUUCAAUUGUUCUUGUGCCACCUACCUCACUUUUUUGUCUUCAGAAAAACAACCCAUUGGUUCAAUGUUGACCAUAAAUGGAUAUUCCGAAGGUUAAGCCAAAAGGAAACACUCACUCACUUGCUUUCACUGGAUUGGUCUGAGUGCUGAUAUUGACAUUUAAAAUAAGAGAUGAAGACAGAGGUAUUUCCUGGUUUUUUUCCCAAGAACUGAUGCCUAAAUUACAGGGCUCAGAAAAGGCACACUUUCCAACUAGCACAUGCAGUUUAAACGAAGCUAUAUGUUUUCUCUCAUACAAGGUAAAAUGUUAACAUAUUGGGAUGAGAAGUUCUCCUAGUACUUAUUGAAAACCUAUUGGUGAAUUAAAUAGAUCCAUUCCCCUCUCUAGACCAAUUUUUAAAAAUGACACUCAAAAAUAGAAGACCCGUGGUUUGAUCUCUUUCGGUCACUUCUGUUUUGUGACCUUGAUCAAGUCUUUGACCUCUUCUUUCUCCUUCUCUGCCCAGUAGCCCUAAGAAUCCCAGCCUCCUCCCUCUCUCUGCCUGCCAGUGAGUGAAUGAUGAAAACGCCUUUUAAAUGCUUACUAUUUGCAAAACAAAAACCUAGAUUGUUUUUGAUUCAAUGAACGACAUAUUUUAUAUGGCUAGUAAGACCUUGCUACUGAAAGACAGAUUAUUUUUGUUUUUUUCCAAAAAGAAAAAGGUCAAUGAAACUUAAGAACUUCCAACCCUAUCCAGUACAAACUAUGAGGAAUUGUUAAAUAUAACUACUGAAAGCAAAUAAUUCUUUGCCUUUAGAAACCUGUUGUAAGGAUUAAAACAAGAGGAAGCAACUGUCCAUCUCGGGUCAGGAACCUUGAGUUCUAAAGCCUCUGGCAAACAAAUUCAGGUCCUUCAAGUUCACUGUCUCUCUAAUUUGUAUAGUAGUAAGUAGAUGCUUUGUUCUGCAUUUCACAACUACACUCUGGAGUUGGUUUUUGUUUUGUCUGCUAAUGAAGAAAACUAAUCCUUUGUCUCAGCUCACUGAAUCAAGACACUUGGUAAUGGCCCAUUUCUAGUGAAUGUGCUAUUCCUGCCACUGGAUUAAAGCAGUUGAGUCCUUGAAAGCAUUUUGCAAAUUCUUCAAUCAAACCUGAACAUAAACUGGCUUCUCGAAGAGCCUACUGGCCCUUAGGAACACUGUUGCAUGGCAAAUCUGUUUCUCCUCUGAGCGAAAGGAGAGAUCAGCAUCUUCAUGCUGCGUAGACUGGAGAGAGUGUUGUUGCCUGGCUGAUAGAAAGGUUUAGUGCUGGCCUUUGAUCUUAGUGAAUAACUGACAUCAAGGCUGGUAGAAUUGAUUUGGGGAUCCAGUGUUUUAUAUGUGCAAAUUCAUACAGUAGUAAUAAGGAGGUCAGUUCUCACCGCAGAUAUGAACCACACAACUCCUUUAACUUUUUUCUCUUUUCAAAAUAUUAAAUGUCUCAUAUACUGCCAUUACAAUUACGUGUCCUUUUAUGAACCUUGGUCGUUGGUAACUUGGGUUUCCUCAGGAAUUACAUUGUCAGGUCAAAUAUUCAUCUUGGCUUGUUAAACGUUCAAGAUAGACUAUUAAAGUAGGAUCCUAGAAUUAGAGAUUUCAAGCUGGAAGGGAUCUUGGAGGUCAUCUAGGUCUAAACAAUUUCAAUUUGUAGUUGAAGAAAAGGGGCCCAGAGAAGCUAAAGUGACAACCCCAAAGAAGUAAUUGUCCGAGCUGGGAUUCAAACUUGGGUCCUCUGAUUCUCUGUAGGGAAUUGGUCAGAAAAGGAAAAUUGGACGGUGAAAAAUUAAAUAAGAUUUGAAUGUUGUUCUCAUUGUGUUAGUCAUCUGGGUAGUUUGGUGGGUGUUUUAAGUACUAUUUAAACUUUUAAUAAAUUUCUGGAAUUGAAUUAAUCACAUUCCACAUUUGAGUUGGGAGGUAAUGUACAUUGAACUUUUGCAGAAACUUGUUUUCUAACCUGAGCUUGUCAGCAACCCCCAGAAAGUCAAUUCUCGGGGUCUCAUUUUCCCUUCCUGCAACGUAGAAGGCCUGAUCUACAGGAUACAUAAUGGCCCUUCCAGUUCUAACAUUCUAUGAUUCUAUGUGAAGAGUGGGGGAGACAUGGAUUGGUGUCAGUUGCCAUGAAAAAAGCCACCUAAAAUCUUAAUGACCACAAACAAAACAGCAUGGCAUGGCUAUCAACAGGAGCCCAUCUCCAGAUUAAGCACCACGCUGUGCCAUAUAUAUAUAUAUAGGGGUCAGACCAGUAGCCAAUCUGGGUCCCACUCAGUCAAGAUGAGAAGAUUCUGAAGGGCCACAUCAUGAGGUUGGAAACAACAGCAGAGCCCCAGUCAGAAGAAAAGACUGCAGACAUCACCUGAACAGCUAUCAAAAGGGGAGGAAUUUUGCUGAUUUUGUGUCUCCAAGGGGGAGAACUAAAGGCAACAAAUGAAAAUUUCAGGUGGGCAAAUUCAGUUUGAUUCCAUGAAAUGAACUUUCUUUUUUUUUU